UGUUAUGGUGAUGAGAUUGUGUGUAGUAAACAAGAUGGAAAGUGAUUGUUACAGUGAUGAGAUUGUGUGUAGUAAACAAGAUGGAAGGUGAUUGAGUACAGUGAGUCACUGUAGCAUAUAUUUACUUCUUUUUUUGAUGACUAAAUCUUGAAUCAAUUUUACCAUCUACUACUAUUUUUUUUACAUUGCUAUAUGUGAUUCUUCAGGGACUGUUUUACUGGACCUAGAAGAGAAAGACUUGCCAGGAAUUGCUUACAGAAUUGUUGAGAACAUGGUCAUCACUGACCAGAUCAAGCCAGACCAGCGAGGGGCUGUCAUGAGGGCACUUUUACUUCGACACAGACAUGUCAAUGAGCGUAAUUUUGCUCCUUUUGGGCUAAGACGGAAUUAUUCUGGUUAUUCUAAUCUGUACUUAGCUGGUCAUGAUAAAUCCAAAUCGUCCCCAAAGAUCAUAUCAUCGAAUGGAAGUUUUACUUCUCAAGAUAUUCCAGUUGUAAAGGUUGCUCCUGUUGGUAAUUUUAGAUCUGCCUCAUCCGACACAGCCUUGCCAGUUGAUAAUGAUGAACAAAGCCAGAAACAGAGUGAGAUCAUGUUUCACAGUGUAUCCCAAGAAGACAUCCCGAAGCUAGACCAGAGCAUCUUACGGAGGAUACCAGAAGGUGCUGAAGCUACUAUUGUUCUAGUUGGAGCACUGGAUUUUCUUGAACAACCAACUAUAGCAUUUGUUAGACUUGCUGAAGGUCAGACUAUGCCCAAUUUGGUUGAGGUUUCCAUUCCAGUCCGUUUUGUAUUUGUUCUAUUGGGCCCUAUGGAUACAAGUCUGGAUUAUCAUGAGAUAGGCCGUUCUAUAUCAACUUUAAUGUCUAACAGGCAUUUUCAUGAGACUGCUUAUCAAGCUGAGGACAGAAAAGAUCUUCUUUGUGCUGUAAAUGAGUUCUUGGAUGACAGCAUUGUUCUUCCACCUGGAGAUUGGGAAAGAAAGUCUCUUCUUCCAUUCCAAGAGAUAAGACAGAGAAAUCAAGAGCUCAAGAAAAGGAAAAAGAAAGAACUAAAAGAGAGAGACACUAUUCCUGAGGAGAAGCCUCCACCUUAUGAUCCAUUGAGACGUUCUGGCCGCCUCUUUGGAGGAGUCUUGAAUGACAUUAAAAACCGGUUUCCAUACUAUCUGAGUGAUUUCUGUGAUGGUCUCAAUGCCCAGUGUCUAGCAUCUGCUAUAUUUAUUUAUUUUGCUGCUCUUUCUGGUGCUAUAACAUUUGGUGGUUUAAUGGGUAAGUGCAACUGACAUGUU